GCGGGGAGUGCUCGGCCGCCCCCGCGGCGGGGCCGGAGCCCGGCGGGGCAGAACCCGGGGAGCGCCGGUGCUGCCGCUCUGCCCCGGCGCGGUGCAUGCGAAGAAGAGAAGACCUGGAGAAGAAAGUGCUGUAAGGACAUGUGACAUGCCAAGAAAUAUGGGAUAUCCUGUCACUCAUCUUAUGCCUGGUGUGGACUUGGGCAGGAUCACUGAGGAUUCAGCUGCAUAGCUCUGUCAUGGCUGCACAGCUCCCUUGAGACCAGCCUAAUUCUGCUGGAAGGACUUAAAAUGAAGGUGUGAAGUAAACCACUGUCUGCAAGGCCCCUGGCCUUAUAAGUGCUUUCUGUGCCCAUGCUGGUACAGACAACCAAGGGCUGCUUUUCUGCUCGGAAAGACUGGGAUGUAAACGAGCUGCUGUUUUGAUGCAGCUUCCAUGUGGAGAUCUCCACGGACUGCCCUGUGACCCUGAGACCUCAGCUGGAUGCUUCUCUUCUCCUUCUUGCCUUACCUCAACACCUUAAGACAUCUCUUUCAAAAUCAUUUGUCAUUUGAGCUCUACUGUGUGACAGAUGCAGGGGUUCUAAUCCAGGAUGAAUGAAUGCUACUAUGAUAAGCGCAUGGACUUCUUCUAUAACAAGACAAAGACGGACACAGCAGAUGAGUGGACAGGGCCACAGCUCAUUGUUGUUCUGUGUUUUGGGACGUUUUUCUGCCUCUUCAUUUUUAUUUCAAAUUCAUUGGUCAUAGCAGCUGUGGUCAAGAACAAGAGGUUUCAUUUUCCCUUUUACUAUCUUUUGGCCAACUUAGCUGCUGCAGACUUCUUUGCUGGAAUUGCCUAUGUCUUCUUGAUGUUCAACACUGGCCCAGUGUCCAAGACAUUAACUGUUAACCGCUGGUUUUUGCGUCAGGGUCUCCUAGACACCAGCCUGACGGCUUCCCUGGUGAAUCUCCUCGUCAUAGCUGUUGAGCGGCACAUGUCAAUAAUGCGGAUGAAGAUCCACAGUAACCUCACAAAGAAGAGAGUCACCUUUUUAAUUAUAUCAAUUUGGGCCAUUGCUAUUUUCAUGGGUGCUGUUCCUACCCUGGGUUGGAACUGCCUCUGUGACAUUACUGUCUGCUCAUCCCUGGCACCUAUUUACAGCAGAAGUUACCUGGUAUUCUGGAGUGUCUUAAACCUGGUUGUCUUCUUCAUUAUGGUGGUGGUUUACAUAAGAAUCUACAUGUACGUCCAGAGGAAGACUAAUGUUUUGUCAUCACACACUAGUGGAUCCAUUAGCCGUAGGAGAACCCCUGUGAAGCUCAUGAAGACUGUCAUGACUGUCUUAGGUGCCUUUGUUGUCUGCUGGACGCCUGGCCUGGUCGUCUUACUGCUUGAUGGUCUGAACUGUACCUACUGUGGGAUUCAGAAUGUUAAAAGAUGGUUUCUUCUCCUGGCCCUGUUGAACUCUGUCAUGAACCCAAUAAUUUAUUCAUACAAAGAUGAUGAGAUGUGGGCUACCAUGAAAAGGAUGAUUUUCUGCUCCUCUGAGGAUAAGAGUCAGGACAGACGCUCAUCUCGGAUCCCCUCAACAGUUCUCUGCAGGAGCACGGAUACCUCAGGGCACUACAUUGAAGAUGGCAUUAUUCAAGGAACAAUCUGUGGAAAAGGAGAUCUUGGUAACAAAGGAAACUCCUGAGCUAUGCAAAGAACUGACUUGGCUGCAAAAGGAGAGGGGGAAGGGAGAGGCUUUGUAAGAGAAGAUUGACUGGCAAAGCUAGUAAACAAUAUAUCCACUUUGUUCCAGAGCCUCAACUCCAGUGUUAACAAAAGUUCUUAUAAAUAAUUGCCUGAUGGAAAAACACUUUGUAAUGAAGAAAACUUUCUGUGCUGCCAUCUUUCUCCUUUUUUUCUUUUAAGUACAUGAAAUUGUUUUUUCAUGUGAACGGAAUAAAUACCUCUCUGAGACUUCUUGUGCAUGGAAGCAAAAUGUAAGCAAUGUACUAAGACCCUCCUUAAGCUCCUACGGAGAAAAUAAACCUGCCUGACUGUGCAGGUUUGGCAUUCAUUGAGUAUUUAUGCUUUGAACAGUUUCUGUGCAUCUUGAGAAGGAUUGUAGGCUUGGUUGGACAGAAUCGUGACCUGUUUUCUUGGUUUAUGAAGUUCAUGAAAUAGUUCAUGCUUACGUCCGUCUUCUUCCUCCAUAUCUUGCUUUCAAAAUAGGUACUUUGAUGGUUUAUUAAGGCUAUGCCAGAAACCUGGCUGUGAUGGGAUAGCCAGACCAGACAUCAGAGUGUGUGAGUAUGUCUGACCGUGGAUUGUCAGGAUCUGAGAGUACAGAAAGCACAAAAGCCAUUAUUACUUCCGUAGUGGGGUGAGUGCUGCAAGGGGAGACAUUGCACUCUCUGCUGCUGUUGUGUAGGCAGGUGUUGAGGGUGGAUUAACAGAAAAGCAGUGAGGCUCAUUAUGCUCAUUUCUUACUUCCUCAGAUAAUAUCAAAUGGGUGUGCUCACUCUUCUUUACCUGCUGUGCCGCUGAGAGAAAUGAGAUCCAAAACUCUGUUUUACUAGGGUGAACUUUUAAGGGAAGUUUAAAUACACAUAUAUACAGGUUCAAUCAACUACUUAAAAUAGAAAUUAAUUUACAGAAAAAAAAAGCCUGAAACCAAUUAAAACCCCUAUAAGAGUACAGUAUGCAUUGGUUGUCAGACCUUGUCUGGACCACAUUUAACCUCCAAUUUGCAAACAGAUCUUACUGGAACAGGUACUUGAGGAAGAGGCCAUGAAACAGUGAGCAAUGAAGGGCAUUCAGCAUUGUGACUAAUCAAAUCUAGCACUGGUGAAGCCACAACCCAAACAUCUGAAGUUCUGACUCAUGGAGUAUGCUCUAAGGGAGGAUCUAGCAAUAUAAAGCUCUAGGGUAAACCUUUAAAAUUUAAACUUUUAAAUUAAAAAUUGGAUUGUAGAUUUCUCAGUACUCUAAAAACCUGGCUCCUGCUGACUGGUUUCAGCAGCAGUGAGCUCCCUGUCUUAAUUUCAAAAGGAGUUACUUGACUUGCCUCCUAGAGAAAAUGUAAUCCAUGGUAGUAAGGCAGGUGACCACAACCAGAGGUCACUUUGAAAAGUUUUGGAAAUUUUGACCACUUGGAAUUGCCAGAAAACAACACCAAGAGCGUAUUGUAUGAAGCUGAAAGUCAUCUGUGAUUUGGACAAAUUCUUCCUCUGGUGCAACUUGAAUGUGGAUAUCUGGACUGUGUGGGUCAAAAGAGAACCAGCACUUGGCACAAAGGCCAAGUAGUGGAUUUGUAGAAUGCACUGGGGGAUUUCAUAGCAGCCCUUAGCUUACAAACACAGCAAGGCUCUGUUUGGAGAGCUCUCCCAAAACAUGCAUUAUCUCAUAGGGAUGUGGCCCAGUAUUCAAGGUAGAUGCUGUAUUUGAGUAAUGCUAAAAACCUUUACAUGUUUUUUGCCAUUAUAAUGCAAUUUUCUUGUGCAAAUACUACUUCACUGCUUUGGUGUUUUGAAAAGUAUGUAAAAUGGUGCUUUGUAGAGGCAGUGGUGUGGUGGGUUGACUCUGGCUGGAGACCAGGUGCCCACCAAAGCUGCUCCAUCACUCCUCUCUUCACUGGACAGGAGAGAGAAAAUAUAAAAAAAAAACAGGGUGAGAUUGAUCACUAAUUACAGAUUUGGCUUGGGGCAAAUUUAAAUUAUUACUAAUCAAAUCAGAGUAGUAUAAUGAGAAAUAAAACCAAAUCUUAAAAAUACUUUCCUCCCAUCCCUCCCUUCUUCCCAGGCUUACCUUUACUCCUGAUCUUCACUAUCUUCAUCCCACAAUGGUGCAGGGGGACAGAGAAUGUAUCAGUUCAUCAGUCUCUGCCACUUCUUCCUCCUCAUGGUGAGGAUUCCUCACACUCCUGCCCUGCUCCAUUAUGGGGCCCUUCUUA